AAAUGGCGUUUUGUUGAUGGGGCGUGGCCUAUUGAUUAAUUAGACCCCCGGGAAACAGGUGCGGGAGGAAGAAGGUAAAUUUCGCGGGCAUUUUUUUAACUGACAUUUGGAUUAGGCUGGGUGGAAAACUUUGCUGGACUGUUUUACUCAAGUGUGAAAGAGCUUUCUUUUCAAGCAAAUACUUAAAGAUAUCGGACCAGCAACACCUGAAGGGACACCAUUUGUCAUGGCUGCUUGUUGGGCGUCCUGCAAAGUUUCAUAUGAGACCUCCUUUGAUUUCACCUUCUGGACAACUUCCGUAGUAACUACAAUGUCAGUGAAGUAGAUAUGGAGAAACACUGAACAAAGAGACAUACACAAAGGGUCAUGACGAGCACGCAGUCCACAGUAGAAAGCUGAUGAGAGCUUGCAGUACUUUAGCCUCUUCCUGCAAACAGACCUCUCGUCACCCUCCCUGAUGAUUUCUAAUGUUUAGGGAGGGACUGAAGCACAGAGCAGGUGGAGGUUUAGAUGGAUGGAGAGACGGCAGGAUGGGGCACAUCGCAGCAGAGAGAGCGGUUUUUCCGGGGGAAGCCAAAUGGAGAAGAGUGAUAGGCCGACGUUCAGUGAGGUUCAUCAAAGUCACAGCGCGCGACGGCACUCAUUUUUCAUUGGCUGAGGGGUCCCACACACCUGCAACCCGCAGCAGCCAGCCCACCUGAGAGGAAGAGAGAGAGAGAAGAGAGCGGGCGGUGGUGACAGAGAAAUAGGGUCAUUCUACAAACAGUUUUCCUCCAAGUAUGGACAAGACCCAUCUUUCGGGCCCUAAUGACAUCAUAAUGACGAGCUCAACAGGCCCCUACCAGCAGGAAGCCCUGACUCCACCCAGACCCACCCAUCACCACUCCUCAUCCUCGUCCUUAUCCUCCCCCUCGCCGUCCUCUUCCUCCUCACCACUCAAACCUAACCAGGUUGGCCAGGUCAUCCUGUACGGCGUUCCUAUUGUAUCGCUGGUCAUUGAUAAUAAUGAGAGACUUUGCCUGGCACAGAUUUCCAACACACUCCUCAAAAACUACAGUUAUAAUGAGAUUCAUAAUCGCCGUGUGGCGUUGGGCAUCACCUGUGUCCAGUGCACUCCGGUUCAGUUGGAGAUCCUUCGUCGGGCCGGUGCCAUGCCUAUCUCAUCACGCCGCUGUGGUAUGAUCACCAAGCGUGAAGCCGAGCGCCUCUGCAAGUCCUUCCUGGGAGAGAACGCACCGCCCAAACUACCUGACAACUUUGCCUUCGAUGUGACACAUGAGUGCGCCUGGGGUUGCCGCGGUAACUUCAUCCCAGCACGCUACAACAGCUCCAGGGCCAAAUGCAUCAAGUGCUCCUUCUGCAACAUGUACUUCUCACCAAAUAAGUUCAUUUUCCAUUCCCAUCGCACACCAGACGCCAAGUACACCCAGCCUGACGCUGCCAAUUUUAACUCCUGGCGACGACACCUAAAACUCAGCGACAAAAUUCCAGCUGAUGAGUUAGUUUUUGCAUGGGAAGACGUCAAAGCUAUGUUCAAUGGAGGCAGCAGGAAGAGAGCGCUGCCCUCUUCAGCACACUGUUCUUCCAUGGGCUCUAUGAAGACUCUCCCAGGUUCAGUGGUGCCUCACAUGAUGGGACCUGACCUGGGUGCCCAGAAAAGAGCGCGCUAUGAAGACGAGGAUGAUCUGGAUGGAGGAAGUCUGUCUCCCCGUAAGACACCUCGUAGCUACCCUGUCAUCCCUGUCCCAAGCAAAGGCUUCGGCAUGUUGCAGAAGUUCCCUCCCACGUCACUCUUUCCCUCACCUUACCCCUUCCCAGCAUUCGGUCUCUGCCAGCAGAAAAAAGAUGACAGUGAUGUUUCAAGUGGGCAGAAAGGAGCAGGGUUGUCGGGUCUUUUAUGGCCUGGGCGCAAAGACACUUUUUAUCCUCCUUUCUGCAUGUUUUGGCCACCAAGAGCAGCAGGAGGAAUCCCCGUCCCCACCUACCUUCAGCCUCAGCCCAGUGCCCUCUCUUCCCUGGCUGACAACCCCUCUCUCAGGCAGGCCUUUUUGGAUCUCUCAGACCCCGGUGAGCCUGUGGCUGUAGCUGGCAAUGGAAAUAGUGUGAGUUCAACAAUGGCCCCUGGCAGUGGGACUACCACACCCAGAUCUGGGUUGUUUGACCCAGAGUGCACAGCCGUAACCCCUGACCUUCGCCCUGUGACAUCAGAGGGCUGGCUCAAACUCCUGGACACCCCAACCCUCCAAACCAGAAAGCCAAGCUACGGUUCGGCCUUCCGCCCCGUGAUUAAGGAUGCUGAGAGCAUCGCCAAGCUCCACAGCAAUGGUGGAGGAGUCUCGGGGGCAACAGAUGAGGACUUCGGCGUCGUGGUCGCCAGAUCAGAUCGUCACCAGCGGCUAUCGCCCAGCAGCAGCUGUAGUUACGGAAGCGAAAGUGGAGGCGACGGAGAGGCGGAGGGAGCAGAGAGUGAGGAGGAAGGGGAGGUGGAUGUGGAGUCAUCGAAGCAGGAGGACGAGGAGGAGGAGGCGAGCUUUACAAACAGACCAUCACAGACUCAAACCAACCUGUAUCUCUCUGCUCUGGGCGACAAUCCUGGAGAGGAGAGGGGGAAGGAGAGAGGGAGUGGCACUGUGUAUCCCAGCACCUCCUCUCCCUCCUCCUCGGACCUCAUCCAGCAGGAGUCCCCGAGCCUGCCUUCCUCCCCUCCUGCCAGCCUGCCUCUCUCCAGCUCCACCCCGCCUCACCGAGAGGACCCAGCUUACAAAAACGUUCACAGAAAUAGAGACGAAGGACUACCCGCGUACGCAACCAAAGAUAACUCCAUCGUUUCUGAUGAAAACAAAGAGCAGAAUAGUUUCUUUGUACCAGAGAGUGAGACAUCAGCGCCCGACUACUGGAGGGAAAGCUCAGGUGAUCAAAGCCAAGGUGCUGCCUCUCCCGUGCCGCUAAAGAAGGACGUUGAGAACAUGGAGAAAGAGGAGCUCCAGAAAGUUUUGCUGGAGCAAAUUGACUUCAGGAGGAGACUGGAGCAAGAAUUUCAUGCUCUAAAGGGCACUUCACCAUUCCCUGUCUUCCAUAAUUUCCAAGACCAAAUGAAACGAGAGCUCGCCUACAGAGAAGAGAUGGUCCAACAGUUACAGAUGAUUCCCUACGCAAACAUCAUCAGAAAAGAAAAGAUCAGCUCCCAUCUUAACAAGUAGCUAAAAGGCUGAGUCAACAAAAUUUGUUGUAAGAGGAAGAAGCUGUUGGAUUGUCCCAAAAAGAAUAAAAAGUAAAAACAACACUACCCACCCAAAAACUGACACAAACAGGAAGAAAUAUGACACUAUAUAGUAAAUAUAUACAUUUCGUAUGUUUCCCUGGAACAGUGACGUUACUGCCUCUGCAGUACAACCUCUGUUAAUAGCCCUGCACUCCAACGCUGUCUGGUAAGAACAUAUUUGGACCGCAUCGUACUGCCGUGUGGUACCACACUGGUUUCCUUUUUCUGUGGGUCUAGUUUAUUCCCCCCCCAAAAAAAAACUGAACUGAAAGGGACCCAAACUGGCAACAUCAGGGGAACCAGAAUGACUCCUUCCUGCUCUUUCCUCAUUGCUGCGUUGGCAGCCAGACUCAAAGCUUUACCCAACCAGGACCAAAGCAACCCUUUCUUGUCUUUUUUGUUUGGGGCUGUUGACAAGUACCAGGAAGCCAGUUAUAUUGUUCUGAACUUUUCCAAGCUCUUUAAAGAUUAAGAGCAAGAGGACAGUGAUACAGUAAGACUGUGUGUUAUUGUCCCCGACUCUUGACUGCUGCUGGUCCAACUGUACAUACACCAGACUGUGGAAAAGGACUGACUUCACACUAAGAUUGUUGCUGUUGUUAUUAUUGUUGUUGCUGUGGUAUCACUAAACGGGGACCCUAAAGAGAAACAACUCUGACACCAACCUUUAUUUAUUGGUAACAUUUGAUCCCAAAGGGAUUCUCUUUAUCAUGUCCAGUUGUGUUUAUUGACCAAACUUCCCUGUGAACACAAAUUAUCGACAUGAUUGAGGUCAGUCUGCUGAAGAGGUCCGAUGUUGGUGCAAGUUUUGUCUGUUAGAUGUCCCCCGAACUUAAACAUGCCAGAUGAAGAACAAAUGAAAAUGAAAUAAAUGUUGGUGUUUCGGGUUCUAAACCCAAUGAGGCAAUUAGAUCAGUAUUAACACAAGGUGGUAUCACAAAAAUGGGUUCGCAAUUUAUGCAAACUGUACACUGGUGGAACAGUUUGUACCCAUAGUAUUUUAGUGAUUUUCUGAAUGUACAACAAACCUACAGUAUUAUGUUCAAUGCUUAUUAUUAGACAUUUUCACCUCUUCUGCUGUUUAUUUGUGAGCAUAUUGAACAGCUGAAUCAAUCCUUUGGCACCCUGAAGGUAGUUUUUACCCGCCGCCCGAAUCUUCUGGCUUUAUUUCCACCCAGAGGUGAAGGUAGCAUUGCCACCAUCAGCUAAAUGUGUCAUCAGACGGUGAAUACAUAUUUAAAGGCCAAUUCUGUGUACUGGUUUGCUUCCCAAAUGAGUGUCCGGGCCAUGAGGAGCAAAAGACUGAAGUUUGUCAGUGUUGUAUAUCUACCUGUAAAUGAUUCCACCUGACUGUGUAACAUGUCAUACGUGAGAAUACACAAGCUCACAGUCAGUCUAUCUAUAUGUGCUUGUUUGUUUAUUUAUUUAUUUGCGUAUCAGGGCCUAAGACCCUGAUUGUGAAAAUAUUAUUUAUUCUAAUGUUAAAAGAAAAAGGAUGA